AUGCCGGUCAACCUACAAAAUGGACUCCAAGCUGAAACCAUUUCCUCCACCAUAUCAAUACCAACGAUGGCUACUCGCUCAAUGCUCAAACCUCCCACCUCCAAUGGCGUUUACAAGCCUCACUCCAAAUCUCAAACCAUUACUACUAACAAUGGACCUCAAAUGGCUGACCCUUCUGUUGUCCUGUCCACGUUAGGCCACUACCUAGCCCGUCGUCUUGUUCAAAUCGGUAUCUCUGAUAUCUUUUCGGUUCCAGGAGACUCCAAUCUCAUACUUCUUGAUUACUUUGUGGCCGAAAAAGGGUUGAACCUUGUGGGGUGUUGCAGCGAGCUCAAUGCUGGGUAUGCGGCCGAUGGCUACGCCAGGCGUCGUGGCGUUGGAGCUUGUGCUGUGACCUUUACUGUUGGUGGGCUUAGUUUGAUCAACGCCAUUGCUGGUGCUUACUCUGAUGAUCUUCCUGUUGUUUGUAUUGUUGGUGGCCCCAACUCCAAUGAAUAUGGAAAUAACCAGACGAUUCUUCAUCAUACAAUUGGGUUGCCGGAUUUCAGUCAAGAACUUCAAUGCUUUCGAACUGUCACUUGCUAUCAGGCAGUUAUCAAUAACUUGAAAGAUGCACAAUGGGAGAUAGAUUGUGCAAUUUCCAAGUGUUUGGAAGAAAGCAAGCCAGUUUAUAUUAGCAUUGCUUGCAAUUUGGCAGCAAUUCCUCAUCCUUCUUUCUCUAUGCAACAACUUAUUCCACUUUCCACCUCUCCCAAGCAAAGCAACCAAACGAGUUUAGAGAUGGCAGUGGAAAAGGCAGCAGAACUUCUAAACGGCGCCGUCAAGCCAGUCUUAGUCGGCGGGAAGAAGCUGCGGGUCGCCAAAGCACAAGCCGCGUUCAUGGAGCUAGCCAACACUUGUGACUAUGCGGUGGCCGUCACGCCGUCAGCCAAAGGAAUGUUCCCGGAGAACCACCCACAUUUUAUCGGAACUUACUGGGGAGUUAUCAGCACUGCCUUCUGCAGCGAGACGGUAGAAAUAGCUGAUGGGUCAAUUUUCGCCGGAGCCAUAUUUGACGAAUUGGAAACCGUCGGCUUCUCUCUUUCCUACAAGAAAAACAAAGCCAUUAUUGUAGAAACGGAUCACGUGGUGUUUCCAAAUGGGCUUAGGUUUGGGCCGAUUUUAAUGAAGGACUUUCUUUGGGCCCUGACUAAACGGGUGAAGCCCAAUUCAACAUCGUAUGAAAAUUAUCGUCGGAUUUAUAUUCCGGAGUCAAGUCCUGCCACGUCAGAGCCGGGUGAAGGCUUACGAGUCAACGUUCUUUUCAAACAUAUUCAGAAAAUGUUGACCGAUGACAUGGCAGUAAUUUCUGAGGCCGGUGAUUCUUGGUUUCAUGGUCAAAAACUUAAAUUACCACAAUCAUGCGGGUAUGAGAUGCAAAUGGUGUAUGCAUCUAUCGGAUGGUCUUUAGGUGCUACUCUUGGAUAUGCACAAGCUUCUUCAUCAAAUGGUCGUGUGGUUCUUUGCAUUGGUGACGGAAGCUUUCAAAUGGCUCCCCAAGAUUUGUCCACAAUGCUAAGAUUAGGUCAAAGGAACAUUAUAUUCUUGAUAAAUAAUGGUGGAUAUACCAUUGAAGUUGAGAUCCAUGAUGGCCCAUAUAAUAUCAUUAAGAAUUGGGACUACUGUGCUCUAGUUGAUGCCAUGCAUAAUCACAAUGGUAACUGUUGGACAAGGAAGGUUCAAACAGAGGAACAAUUGGUGAAAGCGAUCGAAAUAGCAACAAGAGAUCAUAAUGAUUGUUUGUGCUUCAUAGAGGCUAUCGUUCAUAGAGAUGAUACAAGUAAAGAGUUACUUGAAUUUGGGAACAAACUUGCUGAAAUGAAUAGUCGUCCUCCAAAAUCUUUAUAG